AUGAAUAUGAUGAUGCACAAAAUCUCUUUUCUUUCUCUUCAUUUACUGUUACUAUUACUACUCUAUCUCCAUCCUCUCACCACCGUAGCCGACGGAAAUUUCACCACCAGCAUUGACCAAUGGUGCAACAAAACUCCAUACCCUGAUCCAUGCAAACACUACUUCAAAAACCACAAUGGUUUUCGCUUGCCGAGACAGCUAUCCGAGUUCCGAGUAUUGCUGGUGGAAGCAGCCAUGGAUCGAGCUAUAUCCGCUCGAGACAAGCUGACUCAGUUCGGCAAGAACUGUACUGAUUGUCGGAAACAAGCGGUUUUGACUGACUGCAUUGACCUAUACGGAGACACGGUCCUGCAGCUAAACUGGACGCUGCAAGGCCUGUCUCCAAAAGCCCAUGCCGGAAAACGGUGCACCGACUUUGACGCUCAAACAUGGCUAAGCACCGCACUUACAAACACCGAGACUUGCCGACGCGGCUCAUCUGAUCUAAACGUCUCAGAUUUCACCACACCAAUCGUUUCAAACACCAAAAUCUCCAACUUAAUAAGCAAUUGCUUAGCCGUCAACGGAGCUCUCUUGACCGCCGCAAACAACGGUUCUGCCACCGCUUAUCGGAAGGGUUUUCCGGCGUGGAUUUCCGGUAAAGAGAGGAGACUUCUACAAUUGCAAUCCGCACGUGGCGUCAAAGCCAACCUCGUGGUGGCCAGAGAUGGACGGGGACAUUUCAGGACGGUGCAAGCGGCGAUUAACUGGGCUGGACGGAGAAGAGUGAAGUCGAGGUUUGUUAUAUACGUAAAGAGAGGGAUAUAUCAAGAAAACAUAAACGUACGUCUCAAUAACGAUAACAUAAUGUUGGUCGGCGACGGAAUGAGAUACACCAUUAUCACCGGUGGUCGUAGUGUCAAAGGCGGUUACACCACUUACAGCUCCGCCACUGCCGGUAUCGAGGGACUUCACUUCAUAGCCAAAGGCAUAACAUUCCGGAACACGGCUGGUCCAGCCAAGGGCCAGGCCGUGGCACUCCGCUCAUCCUCAGACCUCUCAAUCUUCUACAGAUGUGCAAUCGAAGGAUAUCAAGACACACUGAUGGUCCAUUCGCAACGCCAGUUUUACCGUGAGUGCUACAUCUACGGAACAGUCGAUUUCAUCUUCGGAAAUGCAGCCGUCGUUUUCCAAAACUGUCUCAUCCUUCCUCGCCGGCCACUCAAAGGUCAAGCUAAUGUCAUAACCGCACAAGGACGUGCUGAUCCUUUUCAAAACACAGGUAUCUCUGUCCACAACUCAAUGAUCCUACCAGCUCCUGACCUAAAACCUGUGGUCCGUAGCGUUAAAACGUACAUGGGCCGGCCUUGGAUGAAGUACUCGCGCACCGUGGUUCUCAAGACGUAUUUGGAUGGUUUUUUGAGUCCGGUUGGGUGGUCUCCGUGGAUUCGAGGUUCGAGCUAUGGUCUUGACACGUUGUUCUAUGCAGAAUAUAAGAAUAUCGGACCAGCUUCGUCCACGAGGUGGCGUGUUCGUUGGAAAGGGUUUCAUGUAUUGAAUAGAGCUUCUGAUGCAUCUGCUUUUACUGUUGGAAGAUUCAUCGCCGGUAACGCGUGGCUCCCACGCACCGGCAUACCCUUCAAGUCCGGACUCUAA